CCGCACCCACCGCCCGCACCCACCGCCCGCCUCCCGCGGGCGGCGGCAACAAAGGCCCUUCCCCGCCCCCGCCGCCGCCUCCCGCCGCCUCCCGCCGCCGCCGCCACCGUCCUUGCGGCAGGAAGAUGCCCGGGGAGGUGCCGCCGCCGGCGCCCCGGGGGCUGCGGAGCCUCCCGGUGCCGCUCCUGCUCCUGCUGCUGCUGCUCAGCGCCCGCACCGCGCUGGCUCAGCGCUGGCGCAAUGAGAACUACGAGAGGCCCGUGGACCUGGAGGGCUCUGGGGACGACGAUCCCUUUGGGGACGAUGAGCUGGACGACGUCUACUCCGGCUCGGGCUCGGGCUACUUUGAGCAGGAGCUGGGGCUGGAGACAGCCAUGAGCCUCCCCACGGACACGGCAGUGCCGCCGCCCACCACGGCGGCCACGCUGCCCGUCACCGCCGUGCAGCCCGUGGCCACCCCCUUGGAGCCAUCCCCCGCCCAGGACACCACCCCCGGGCAGACCACGAGCGUCCUCUACAUCUCCAGGACCACAGACACGCCGGUGAUCCCCAGCUGGAAAGCCACCACCACCACCAGCACCACUCCCAGCGCCCCCCCGACCACCACGGCGACCACCACGACCACCACGGCGGCCACCACGACCACCCCCCAGGCCACGACCACCACCAGCACCACCGUGGCCACGGCCAAGCCCACCACCACCACCACCACCACCACCACCAGGAGGUUCCUGCCCCCCUUUGCCACCAAGGCAGCCACCACCCGGGCCACCACCCUGGAGACUCCCACCACGGCCGUCCCCGAGACCAGCACACCCACGGAGGUGGCCACGUCACGCCUUGUCCCCACCAGCACAGCCAAGCCCAGGUCCCUGCCCAAACCCACCAGCUCCAGGACUGCAGAGCUCACAGAAAAAAGCACGGCCUUGCCACCCGCUCCUGCCACGCCGCUGCCCACAGAAGCCCCCCAGAUGGAGCCGGGGGAGGUGACGACAGCCCUGGACAACGAGCUGGAGGUCCCAGUGAGCAGCGGCCCCAGCGGGGACUUUGAGAUCCGGGAGGAGGAGGAGACGACCCGUCCCGACCUCGGGAACGAGGUGAUGGCCGUGGUGACCCCCCCGGCGGGACCCGGGCCCGGCAGGAACGCGGACACGGGGCUGCUGGACAACACGAUAGACUCGGGCAACUCCGCGGCACAGCUGCCCCAGAAAAACAUCCUGGAGAGGAAAGAGGUGUUGAUAGCCGUGAUCGUGGGCGGCGUGGUGGGAGCUCUCUUCGCCGCCUUCCUGGUCAUGCUGCUCAUCUACCGGAUGAAGAAGAAGGACGAGGGCAGUUACACCCUGGAGGAGCCCAAACAAGCCAACGUGACCUACCAGAAGCCCGACAAGCAGGAGGAGUUCUACGCGUAGAAGGAGAGCCGGCGUGCCUCGCCCUCCCUCCCUCCCCGCUCCAAACUCGCCCUCCUCCUCUACUUCAUCCGGCCUCUUCUCUUUCCCCCUCUCUUUCCCUCUCUUUUUUUUUCCCUUUGGAUCAGACUGUGAGUUUGAAAAAGCAAAAACCCGCAACAGCUGAAGGAGCAAACACAUCUUUGGCGUGAUGAGACGUCGGGUGCCCGGAGCAUCGCCGAGCUCGGAGCGAGCCCCGCCGGCCUUCCCGCUGCUGGGAUGGACAGGGCAAGGAGCCAAUGCCAAGGUGGCCGUGCCCAGGAGCGCCCUGGAGAGCACAGGGUGGGGUGCUCAGGCUGCCCACAGCGACUGGAGGUCAAGUGAACUUUUCCCAGCACAAUGGACUCUGGGAUCCGGACACCUUCUCCCAGUCCUGGGGUGCAGGGGGCUUGGUUUGGAUUUAUCUUCCUUGGUUUUUUUCCAUUCAUAAAGGAGGGAGGUUUCUUUCCCUCUGUCUUCCUUUUAUUUUUUUUUGUUUGCUUUUUGAACGGGGUUGGUUGCUUUGCAGGAAUUCCCUCGCUCCCUGCUCCUCUUGGAAGAGAGGGCACAACUCCCAGAUAUGCUUGGAACCUUGGAAAAAAGCACAAGGGGCUGGAAUACCUGGCUGCCCCGGGGUUUGCUCUUGGCAAAAUAAGAAAUAAAUACAAACGUGGCCAGUAGGCUGGGAAUGAUCUCUUUGGAUCAACUGUUCAGAGAGUUUGUGGAGCAGCAAGAAGCAGCACCGGGGGCAUCUCCUGCUGCUCCUGCCACCACCCUCCUGCCACCACCCUCCUGCCACCACCCUCCUGCCACCACCCUCCUGCCACCACCUCCCUGGAACAGCCAGAGACCUUCAACCUCCUGAACCUGCCGAGGGUUUGGUGGAGAAGGGACUUUGCUUAGGCUGGGGUUUCACUGUGACCAACAAAACUGGGCUUGCAAGAGUGCUGGUUUUGGAACAGAGCUUGGUGGGGAGCUGGCAAGGGGUGGAGACGGAUAUGGAGAAGCUCAGUCCUCUCCCAGGUUCCUCCGGAGUGGAGAACAAAGGCGGGAGAUGCAGCACGAGGAAGGAGAUGCCAAGGAGAGGUGACACUCUGUCCCCUCGGGGGUCAGGGAGGGAUCCCUGGAGGCACCCAGAAGGUGAGGAAGAUGAGGCAGAGGUUGGCUGCUACACAUCACUGGAAAGCCCCAGGACUGAUGGUUUGUGUUCCUUGUGUUGAUCCUUAAAUCCCAGUAUAACCCCCGGGGCACCGGGAGCCUGAUGGCAUCUGAUGGCAUCGGAUCCCUGGAAUCCAGCAGCACCCAAGAGCUGUUUCCCCUCUGAGGGUGCAGAGCAGCAGGGCCUCUUCCAGAUCCAACUGUGCCUUACAGAAAGGCUGGAUUUUUAGGAGCGAGCUCUGCACAGGGAAGUCAAUUAGUUACUUCAGUGAGUUGGCUUUUAAUUAGCUGAAGCGCCGCUCGGGAUGCAGUCAAGGAGCUUUGUUUUCACGACGGUUGUGAUCUCGGUGGCGUCCCAUGGAGGCCUUGGCUUUGCUCUUAGUGCAAUUUAAACAGGAAAACGGGGCGAAAAAUGAGCUGCUUUGACUCUUCUGUGUGUUGUGAAUUAACCUGCACGGGGGCCAGUGACACUUUGUCCCCCGAGGGUGUCAGUGGAUAUGGGGUUUUAUGGCCUUGGUGGAGGGUGUGAGACAGCAGAGCUUCUUUGGGGAAGGGAUUUGAGAGGCCAAAUGCAUAUUUUAAAUAUAUAUAUAUAUAUAUGUACCCGCACACUCACAUCCAUACACAGUUAUACAUAUGAAAUCCCUGUACAUUUUCAUUGCACUGCAUGGGAUGGUUGGAUGGGAUUUGUGGGUGGGCAGAUGGGAGGUUUGGGUGACACUCCCUUGGGGUGUGACCCAAAAUGACAGCCUGGCUUUACUUCAGGGUAGGGAGCAGAGCCCUGUGCAUGGAUCAGCUCUAAAAUGCCCAAUUUAGAGCUGCCAGCCUCAAAGUCAUCGUGGGUUUAGGUUCUUGGGAGUUUGGAAAUGAUCCCGUUGGAUGCCUUGGAUGGUGGUGCUGGAAGGCAGAUGGUGUUGAGUGUGUGUGUGACCAUUCCUUGGCUCCAUCCUUGGGCAUUCCUUGGGCUGUGGGGGAUGAGGAGGGAAGGAGGGUCCACAGAGCUGAAGAGGCUGGUGCCACCCUGGGGGCAAAAGCCACUUUUUCCUGCUCAAAGGGGAGUUUCAACUCAUUAAUUGGAUGGUUUGGGGGGAUUUUUGGUCCUUUUGGGUCCACCCAAGGGGCCCAAGCAGCGGGCAGUGGUAGAAAUCAAGCCUCUUCAUGAUUUAAUGAGUAGGGCUUGGCAUCAAGGCCACCCAAACCCACCAUCUUUUGGAAAAACGUGGAAUUAAUCCUUUGAGCUUGCAUUAAAGAAAAAAAAACAACCUCUCCCAGCUUAAUCUUUUUAAUGCUGCUUUUCUUAGCUGCUUUCCUAAUCUUCUUCAUUCCUUUUUUUCUCCCCCCUAUUUAAUAGUCUGAAGUUCCAUAAUACAAUUUUUUUAUUCGCUCAAGCUUAACCUCGGCUCUCUCAGCUGGUGUUAAGUUGUAAUCCUGGCACUUAAAUCCGUCACAGUUUGCCAAGUGAGGGGGGCUGGAAGUGGGAGGGGGAGAGAGGAGCCAGGGCAGGACCUUUCCUUUGCAGUAAUUAAAAGUAGGAGAUGAGCACGUGCAAAAAAAAAAGACGUGAAGGUCAUUAAAGUGAUCAUCAGAAGUGAUCAAAGUCUUAAUUCAUCGUUCUUCUCCUUCUUCCACACCUUGGCUCUGUUGCUGUCUGCCCAGAGAGGCUCUAAGAGCGUCUUUUGGGCUUGGAGCCUGCCUUUCUGGUGGUAAAUUAUGAGUUAUGGGUUAUGUCACAGCCUUUCCUGUCGCCUCAGCUCCUCAGGGGCACUGGAUUAGUUGGUGGAGUUGAUGCUUGGGAGGGGAAAAAAGCCUUGUCUUGCUGGGGGUGGUUGAUCCUGAGCCUCCCUCCAGGGGUAGGGGAUGGUGGGACAGAGCUGGACACGGGCUGGGUGUGUUUGGGAAAGGUCCCCUUCCAAAAAAACCUCAGCCACCAUCGUUUGUCCAUGGGAUGGGGAAAACCCCAGUGGAACCUGGUGGCAUGGUGCUGCCAGGGGGUGCAGGGGGGCAUUUGCUGAGCUGGAAGGGACCCACAAGGAUCAUCAAGCCUGACUCUUGAGUCUCAAGCCCAGCUCAAGCCCACACAGGGACUGAACCCACAACCUUGGCCCCGGUUUUACCCAGCUGAGCUCGUCUCAGAGGGGUGGGGGCGGCUUCUGCUCAGCUGCUCCGGGGCUUUUGGGGCAUUCCUGGUGGGAAGAUGGAUUGGGAAGAAGCGAGACAGCCCAGCGGGGAGGGACCCCAGUGCCCUCCCUCAGCUGCUGGUUUGGCUGCCGAGCGGAUCUUUAGGAAAAUUAACUCCAAUCUCAGCUUGGGCAUCUCCCCCAUCACCCCCUCCCCAAACCUGCCAGCUCUGUCUGGCAUCAUCCCUCUGGGCACAGACACAUCCCUGCUGGUGAUCUCAGCUGUGCCCAUCCUUCCAGCUGUGCUCCCUGAGGGGGGGUGGGAGCAGAGGAAGGAUUUCCCACUUGGUUUUUCCACCUCUUUUCUGCCUGUGCACGUGUGUGUGUGAUGUGCUGGAGCUGAAGGAGGACUCUUUGCCUCGCCAGCUGAAGGAUUUUGGAAGCUCUGGAACUGCACAGCGUGGAAGGUGGGCUGGGCUCCUCUGCCAGCUGUGCUGCCCUUCAGGCACUCUCAGAUUUGCAGCAGGAGAAUGAUAAAUAUCCAGGGACUCCCGGGCCACAGAAAUAAGAAGGAGGCAGGAGGGGAGAAAGGAAAGCCAGAAAACACGUGUGAGAGCCCAGAGGAGGGGCUGGAAGGGGGAGGACGGGAAGGGCAGGGGAUGGAGGGGCCCCAGUCAGCAGCAGGACCAAGGCUUGGACGGGAUUUGCAGGGCUGGGACUGAAAUGUGUCUUUCCUCCAGAAAUCUCUUUGAUUUUGAACCUUUCAAAAACAAGCAGCAGGACAAAAACAAGCUUAGGGGAUCCUGCUGCAGGGAGGGUGGUGGCUCUGGGCUGGAUGGGUGCCCUGGUGUGCUGGUUUCUCUCAAAAUAUCCCGUUCUCUCCUUAUUUUGCCCGAUGGGUGCCAACGAUCCCUUUGCUACCCCCAGGCCUUGUCUCUGGCUCUCCAGACCCCUCCUCUCCAACCCCUGCUACGAGGGACCAGCUUUAACAAGAACAAAACCCUCUUAAAAAACAAAGACUGGAUUUUUAAAUUCAUUUUUUUCCUCCCUAAGCACUCUUUUUUUUUUGAGGGGGAGGGGGGAGGGAGGGGGCUCGAAGCUUUUCUGCGAGGCUCUGAAGUGAUGCUGAGUUUGCAGCACUGAAAGGUUUUGACUGGGACAGCUCCCACAGGUUUGUUGGGAUAUCUCCCUGGGAUAUCCUUGGCAGCUUCUGGGGGUCCUCUGGGAGCAAGGGGAUGGGUGUGUGGUGUGUCUGUAUGUAUAUAUAUGUGUAUGUAAUUAAUAUAUAUGUAUAUAUGUAUAUACGUGUGCGUGCAAGGCACGGGGGCAGGAACAGGUUCAGGGUGAACUCUGCACCUGAGGAGGAGGAGGAGGAGGAGGAGGAGGAGGAGGAGGAGGAGGAGGAGUGGUGUUUAUCAGCAGCUCUGCAGCCCUUGCACCCCAUCCCAUGGGAUGGAUGCAGGAUUCCUCAUGAAUUCCUUGCUGCUCCUUCCUUCGCUGUCACAGCACCAGCCUGAUCCUGGUCACCUCCAGUCUGGCUCUGGGUGUUCCAGGGGGGGGAUAAGGAGCCUUUGGACUUGCUGGAGCUGGAGCAGAUCCCGGGAUGCUCCCGAGGCCCCGUGGUGGCUCCGGCGUGUCCCACAACCCUCGUGCCUGCAGCUCCAUGGACAUUCCCACCCCCCGUCUCUAGAGGAGCCUCAGUCUGGAGUGUACAAACUUUGUUUUGGGUUUAAUUUUGUAGGUUUUUUUUUUUUUUUUUUGUUCACUGGUUUUUGUUGUUUUGUUUGGUUUUGGUUUUGUUUUCUAUUACGUUGAUUUUUUGGGGGGUAAAAAAAUCCCCCCCCCCCCCCCCCCGCGACGCCCCAUUUUUUUUUCACCCCGACAUUCCCGACGGUUCAUCCGCAGCAUCUCCAAAGACCUCGAGGGCAACCAGUGACUUUCUGGGCUUUAAAUUCCCCCUGUUGUGGGUCCCACCUGGUCGAAGUCACCCCAGCACAGCUGACAAUCAACCCAGACAGGAACUGCUGACUUGAGAAAAACAACAAUCCAGCGCAGUUUGAUGGAACUACUUUUUAAAAAUCACCUGCUUCUCCCUCACUCCACCCACCACGUCUCCAGGAUAAACCAUCACCCGCUGGUUCUUCUGUAAAUAAACCAGGAAAUGGUCUUGUAUAAAUUAAAAAAAGAUUAACAAAAAAUAAAAAUAAAAAUAAAAAUCCGUUGAUAUACAUCCAAAAAAAAAAAAAAUAAAAUAUCCCUUUCCAGAAGAUUUCAGGGACUCAAAGGAAAGCCCAACAAGUGACCCCACUUCAGUCAUUCUUUGGAGCUGAUUUACAAUCCCAACAGGAGAACAAAACAUAAAAAAAUCUGGAACACUCCCAAAUGUUGUACCUUUCAAGGAACACGGGAGGGGAAAAAAAAAUGCAUGUAAAUAUUUUUAAUAGGAAACAUAUCUUAAACAGAACUUUUUUUUGUAUGUACAUAACUCUUCUAGAGUUUAGUACUUAAAUUGCUUCAUAGUGUCUGUUUAAAAAA